AUGAGGCUGAGGGGCUUUGCUGUGCACCCAGGGACAGUCGGGUGGCAAGCCACCUCCAGGUUGGGGUGCCUCACACUUGCGCUGGGACUGGGCAGAUGCAUUUGGGAACGUUGGAUCUUGGAGAACAAGGCCCUGACAGGAGACACGGGCAUGUGGCUCCUGAUCUGCACCUGUCUGUGCACCUGCGUCUGCCUGGGAGUCCCAGUCCCAGGGGAAGGAGAAGGGCUAAGGGCUGGGAGUUUCGUCUGCCUCACCAACUACGUCCUCAGGAUUGAUUGCCACUGGUCUGCUCCAGAGGUGGACCAGGGCUCUGGCCCCUGGCUCCUCUUUACCAGCAACCAGGCACCUGGCAGCAAGCACACGUGCGUGUUCCAGGGCAGCAUGUGCACCGUGGUGCUGCCGCCCGAGGAGAUGCUGGUGCCAUCCGACAACUUCACCAUCACCUUCCACCACUGUGUCUCUGGGAAGGAGCAGGUCAGCCUGGUGGACCCACAGUACCUGCCCCGGAGACAUGUUAAGCUGGACCCUCCCUGUGACUUGCAGAGCAAUCUCAGCUCUGGCUACUGUGUCCUGACCUGGAGCAUCAGCCCCGCCUUGGAACCGAUGAGCGCGCUGCUCAGCUAUGAGCUGGCCUUCAAGAGGCGGGCAGAGGCCUGGGAGUGGGCCCGGCACAAGGACCGCAUUAUUGGAGUGACCUGGCUCCUCCUUGAAGCCAUCGAGUUGGACCCUGGUACCAUAUAUGAGGCCAGGCUGCGUGUCCAGAUGGCCACGCUGGAGGACGGUGUGGCAGAGGAGGAGCGUUACGAGGGCCAGUGGAGCGAGUGGAGCCAGCCUGUGCACUUCCCAUCUCCCCAGGGACGAGGCCCCCCAAUCCCAUCCUGGGGACGGCCGGACAGCACCCUUGUUGCUGUGUCCAUCUUCCUCCUGCUGACCGGCCUGAGCUACAUCCUGUUCAAGGUGUCACCCAGGGUGAAGAGGAUCCUUUACCAGCACGUGCCCUCACCAGUGGCAUUCUUCCAGCCCCUCUACAGUGUGCACCAUGGGAACUUCCAGACCUGGACAGGGGCCCACAGAGCUGGUCUGCAGCUGAGCCAGGACAGUGUUGUCACCCUACAAGGAGCCUCGGAGCCCGGCGUCCAGGAGGCCAUCGCACUGCUCACCUACGGCCCGGUGCAUUACCAGCAAUCCUCAGGCCUGGGGGAAGAGGGCACCGGCCUCCCCGGGGCCCCAGGCUCCAAGGACAUGCUGCCAGCUGGGAGUGUGGAGUGUGGGGGACAGACUCCUGUCUACCUGCCACAGGAGAACUGGGCCCCUGCGUCCCCCACCAGACUGGGUGCCCCAGACUCAGAGGGCGGCAGCAGUGACUACUGUGCCUUGGGCUGCUAUGGAGAAUGCAGCCUCUCAGGCCUCCCAGGAAACACGCAGAGCCUUGGGCCCAUCCCAGCCUUGCCCUGUGGCCUUUCCUGUGACCUGCAGGGCCCAAACACCUGCCCGUGUGGGAGCUGUUCGCAGUCAGAGGCGUGGGCUACAUGA